CAAACUGCUGUUCCCAAAGUCAAGAAGGAACUUUCACACUAAAAUGAAUUCAUUUAGUUUGAUUCGAUUUUAAAUGGUAGGCUACUGCGUUUAGGACAAAUAACUGGUAAUUUAAUUCACUUAAUCCAGUUUGUUGGAAAUGUGCCAUUCAAUUGUGUUGUCUCCUGAGAGUCAAUGGCUUGAAACAGUUACUGGAAGAACUCAUCUUUAGUAAUCUGACACUAAAGCACAUGAGUCGCGCGUGCAUGCCAAGAGAGGCCUGUGAAACAUUCAUGAGCAGGAAGGCCAGGAGCACAGUGCACACUGAGCUGCCAUAACAGGUGCAAGUAGAGCUAUGGGGACUGUUGAGGAAACUUUAAAGUGUCCCGUCUGCCAGGACUUCUACACAGAUCCUGUGACGCUGCCAUGCAGACAUGACUUCUGUCUCACCUGUAUCCAGGCUGUCUGGGGAACAGAUGGGUCUGAUGAGGGUCCUUUCUUCUGUCCAGAGUGUCAGAUAUUCCUCCCCUCUGGCCUCACCCUGGAGAUAAACACCAGCCUUCAGACCAAAGUAAAGGACUUCACCACUAACAGGCCAUCAACAGCAGGUCUACAGACAACAACACCAAGCAGGGCAACCAAAUCAUCUUCAACUAUCCACUGUGACCACUGCAUAGAGACACCAUCAGUGGCCAUAAGGACCUGUCUGACCUGUGAUGCUUCACUCUGCCAGGCUCACGCCCUGCUGCACCAGCAGAGGUCUGCUCUGAGGGAGCACACACUCGUCGAGGUGACGGGGGAUCUGCUGUCUCUGAAGUGCAGGGAGCACCGCGAUGAGCUGAAGCUCUUCUGUAUGGAGGAAAGGGUCCCUGUGUGCUGUUUGUGUGUUCUGGUCGGCAUGCACAAGAACCACAAAGUGUUUCAACUCCAUGAAGCCUGCGCAGACUUCAAGAGCAUGUUAGAGACCACUAUGAACCAACUGCUGAAGAGGAGAGGUGAAGCAGAACAUGCCAUCACAGACUUGGAGUUACUGUACACGCAAACAGUGAAGUCUGCUGCAGAUUUCAGAGAGAGAGUCUCAGACAAGUACAGCAGGAUCCGUGUUGUGCUGGAUGGUGAUGAGCGUCUGAUGAUGCAAAUUAUAGAUGCAGAGGAGACGCAUAUGACAGAGUGGCUGGAGGCCCAUAGGGGCAUCAUGGAGGCUCAUAUCAAAGAGAUAGACAGCCUCAGAGCCUCCAGCAAAUCACUUCUCCAAGAAACAAAUGAUCUGCGAUUCCUACAGCAAAUCACAGCACAGAAUCUUUGCGACCCUUUGGAUUUAGCACCAAUCCAGGAAGUAGACAGAGAUCUGUGUGACCCUGAGAAGCUAAGAACAGUAGAGAGGCUGGUGGAUGACCUCUCAGUGGCUCUUUCCCAACACUUUCCACGAAUGUGGUCAUAUCUAAGUUCUCCUGCUCUGGACUCCAACACAGCCCAUCCGAAACUGGAAAUAUCCCAGGACAGGAAACAAGUGUACUGGAGAAGGCAGCCAGUCAGUGAAGCUCUGAGCCCUCAGCCAUAUGACUCCCAGUACAGUGUCCUGGCUCAGGAGAGUUUUACUGCUGGCCGGCACUACUGGGAGGUCAUUGUCCAGGAGAAACCUUACUGGCUAAUAGGUGUGACCACUGGGCCAGUCAAUAAAAAAGAUGGCCCAAGUUCCAAGAGUUCCUCCAGGCUGGGUGUGAACAACACAUCCUGGUGCAUCUACCAUGGAGAUGGACAGUACCUGGCAUGUCAUGAUACCCAGGAGAAGCAGCUGUCAGUGGGAAAAAGAGUUAGAAAGCUGGGCAUACUGGCAAAUCUCCAGAAGGGGGAGCUGUCAUUCUAUGAUGCUGAUGCUACGAUCCUGCUUCACUCUUUCUGUGUGCAGUGCACAGAGCCUCUCUACCCCAUGUUAAAUCCAUGCAUUGAUGUGAAUGGACUGAACAGGCAGCCUCUUACCUUGUUUUGGAUUAAGGACCCGUGGGAUUGGCAUGUAAACACAAAUGGGGGUAAAAAGUAAACUUAGAGGACAAAAUUAAAUGAUGUUCAUUGAUCAUACUCUAUAUUUCUUCUCUACAAAUGUUGUCCCAUGUUUAGUCAAUUUUUGGAAGCUGUAAAAUAUGUGUGGCUGUCUAAUUAUAUGACAAAAACUAUGAUCAAGGAAUUUACCUACCACUGUAUUUAAAGAGAAGUUAUAGCUAGAGCUAAAAUAGAUGACGAGCAUACAUUUCUCAUUACAAGCAGCAAUGGGAGAGAGAGCAAGGCUUAAAAUACUUUGUUAUGGUGUUCUGAUAUUAUAUUAUUGUGAUCCUAUCAUGCUGAUGUUUUAUAGAAAGCUGUUAAGUAUGGAAAAAUAGCUGAGAAGAUAUUUUAACUUUUUUAGUCUAUAGUCGUAUAGUGGUUUCUGUGUUACCUUUUCAGUGUCUGCAGUUGUCAUGUACAGUAAAUAUUGUGGUAUCAGGUGCAUCUUCAAACAGUGCCUUUGUUCCUUGGUAAAGUCUAUCUGUUCGGUUAGCAGCUCAGAAGCUCUCAUGUUUGACUUGAUGUAGUUCAGGAAGUAAAUGACCCAUCUGUAAACUACUGGCUUGUUCUUUGUACAACUGUCCCCUCAGCUCACCAGACCAUGGAGGACAUGCAUGCUUUCAUUCUCACAUGUCAGUGGCCCUACAGAGUUGCUGCCCUGCAGCAAACAAAAUACCCAGUGAGGCCAAAUAACAUGAACAGUGACACUGUAAGUCUACAGAG